GAUUCCAGGCGUGCAGAAUCAGGCACUACACCUGUACUGUACUUCAGCUGGUAAACUUAGAAAUGGUUUGCGACACCAAGGUUUUUGUUUAAAAAAUUAGCUGUCUUAUUUCUAGUGGUUAUAUCAUGCCGCUAGAUUCAACCAUCUUAUAUAUGCGACCGAUCUGAAGUGCCACGAAACCACCAAAAGUAUGUACGUAGAAAACAUAUGCACGAACUCGCAUGACGAGAUCGGCGUGUGUGCAAAGCGGGAGUUGAAGGCGAAGUGCAAAAAUAUACUUAAAAAAAUAAUGGAAAUAUUUGCAAUAUGUGCACUACAUCCACGGGACGAUUUUUGCAUUUUUAAAUACCUGUUUGCAGCUGUAUUUUAUUUUAUGUUUGCAAAUUUGCAGUAAUUUACGAAUCGCAGUCCACGAAAACGAAAGGUGACAGGCGUCUCCGAACACGCCACUGUCUUUGUGGGAUGUAGUAAUCCUUAUUACACGUGCUUUCUGUGGGACAUUACUGUGGUGGAUCAUCACUGUAAAGUGUUAAACAAACUGAUGCAAUAUUGGAUCCACAAAAAGGACAGGCUUUCCAAACGCAAGCUCAUAUCGCACAAAUACAAGAACGGAAUUUUGAGGAGAGAGAUGGAUGACCAGCAGUAUCGAUUCCCCCACAGCGAUAACGAUAAGGAGUUAAAGAUGAAUGAUCUACAACCCACGGUUGCUGGAGAAUAUUUCUGUAAUGGUAUACAGGUUGCAGUCUUAACUGUGUCCUUAGAUACUGGAGACCACAUCACACAGGUCACCACUAAGAAGACUGGUGCAGAUAGUUUUGUAGAAGUUUAUGAGACCGAGAACAAAGAGACAGACACAGAACGUGUAAUGGCCACGGUAGUGAUGGGACUCUGUGUUCUGAUUCUGUUUGCUGCUCUUGUCUGCCUUUUCUUAUGGACCAAAAGGAGAAGCAGGUGCAAAGGGAAUAUACCAUUCAGUAGAAACAAACUGGAAACAGAAGGACCAAAGAAACAUCAGAAACGACCUGAUUUGGAUUGGGAGAGCGGCCAUGAGGAAUGUUGCUUCUUGAAGAAUGAGGUAGAUGCCCACAAGUGCUGUCUUGAUGAAGACAUUGAUAUGCACUAUACCUGCUGGGGUCAUCGGAGCUGGAGGGAGAGGCCACAUAUGCAAGAUGAAGACAGCCACGUUAUUGUCAUCUACUCUCUUGUGGCUGAUGGAAGGCCAGACCCAUGACUGAAUCGCAGGUGGGGGGGGUCAGUCGACCAGUUGUUUAUCUGAUGCCAGCAGCAAUGGGCCGCCCUUUCUGGACCUGUGCUGGUCCCACUGACUCACUGCCAGUUCGAAGAUUUGGCACGGCACAGUAUCGUGGACAAGAAGCCAACUUGUGUCUGCGUGCAUGACUGUGCCCUUCAAUGCUCUCAGCUUUCUAGGAGUGCAGGGUGGUAGGAGUUCUGCAGUGUGCAUGAGAACGACCAAUGAACAGCCAUUUAUGACGUCAGGUGACUUCUCUGCUCUAUACAGUAUAUAUCAUAUAAUCCGAAACACAUAACCACCAAUCACGCAGCUUGUAUCUCUGUAGCGAAUUGUGCCACUGCAAUAGACUAUUGAACGUGAAUAUAAUAUGGAAGAUAAGCGUGGCUUUCAUCAGCGUGACUAUAAUCCUUCAGUCUCACAAAAUGAAGGGUUACAUGAACAUGUGGGAUGCUAAAGAAGCUUCUGUUAUGUCAGAACAUUUAGAAGUUUAGAAUUUUCCUCGCCUGGUGAGUAUGUUUUUUUGACAAGUGCUGGAAGUUUGACUGAAGAACACAUUUAUUUUAUUUGUGUCAGUCCUUGGUGGGCUUGUAUGAAGCUAAUCAAGGCUCAGAAAUAUCCAUAUAUAUACAUACAGUGUACAGUAGUUGUGCUGGUUCUUUAGUUGACCUCCUAAGUGUCGAGUUUAUUAAUAUAGCCUGAAGUAAAGAUUCCUUGACAUAAAUUUCAAGACAGUCAUGCGUACAAUUUUAUGUCUGCAUGUGCUUGAUAAAGAUUUGAGUACUAAGGACAGUAUGACUUUAGAAGAUUUUAGAAAUGUAUAAAGUAGAACUAUAUGUAUUAAAGGUCCAUCAUUAAAUGAUGUAGAAUUCUAUGAAUCAUGUAUUAAUAUAUAGUGGUAUAAUUGUUUUUUUUAAAAUAUAAUUUCAAAGCUUUUUGUACUUAUUAUAACCUUAAUGUUGUUGACUGUUACAUAUUCCUGAAUAUGCUAUUACUGAAACUUAAUAAAUAUGCAAAUAUAUGU